AUGGAAGAGGAUCCCAAAAUUGGACUGUUUACCAAUUACAACAAUGGCUUUGUCGCGGUCGGCAUGCUUUAUGGAGACACUCCGGCCGAGCCACCUGUCGCCUUCCAACAAUUCCGCGAACUCAAAAGUCUGCUGACGACCGUUCUUCCUGUCACAAAUGGAACUCUGCUGAGGCCAUGGGCCAUGUCCAGGAUACCAGGAAGUAAGCGAGCCAUUUGCACGGCCACCACCCAAAUUUCGCAAGAGCUCUACAAUGAAGUGUAUAAAUACUGGACUGAGGUUCGCAACGCUCUUCCGGCUGAACAUAUUCUUCACUAUACCAUCCAGCCAAUGGGCACGGCUGGUGUCCAGGAAGGCAAGAGGCGUGAGGAGAAUAUUAUGGGACACCAGAGCACUCCACAGAUUUGGUGGGUGUUUACGUGUGAAUGGCCCAAGGACGGCGACGACACCGCUGCGCAAAAUGCUGUGGACAAGAUGCUCGAAAGAGUGCAGAGUUUGGCCCAGGAAAGGCAACUCUUACUUGACUACAGGUGCAUGAGCUUUGCUCAAGCCUCUCAAAAGGUUUUGGGCAGCUACGGGGCCGAGAAUACUCAGAGGAUGCAGGACGUUGCAGCCAAGUACGACCCCGAGGGGGUAUUCCAAAAGUUGCAGCACGGAGGCUUCCUCUUACGCAAUAAUGUCUAA